UGACCACAAGAAUGAGUGAAUCACUGGUAGUGGAGAACAACCGUCUGAUCCGUGACUUAAUGUUCGCGAAGAAAGUCAUCAAAAGUCUCGAAAACAUCACUACUUUUGCCAUUCAGUUGACACAAGAGGUCGACGGCGACUGCAAUCCAGUAACGGUUCAGCGGAUCCGCACAGACAUCGACGCACACCUCAAGACUUACCACUCACUGAGACAACAGCUCACAGACACGACACCCGCGAAGAAAACUACGGAAAUCACUAGAGUUUGCGAUGAUAUGAGUGAUGAAAUCGAUGACAAUAACGGAUCUAUUAAUGAUACCAUUGAUGGCCAUAAGAUCACUGGAAUAUGUGUGGGAAAGGGUGUGAAGUCUGUCACCAAAUCAGACUUUUACAGAUAUCAGCGAUUUUUGCGGCCAUUAAUGAGAACCGUUUCGACAAAUACGACGAAUCAGUCGACGAUUGAUGUCUCCGGAGUGACAAGUAUUCAGUGCAACGUUUGCAGCCAUCAAGUGCUGACUCCGGAGGAGAUGUUCGCCCAUCAAAGACAAGUCCAUCGCAUCCAACGCCCGGACGACUGUCUCCUGAACUACGAGUGCAGUGACAGGAACUGUGGCUUCAAGUGUCCCGAACUGAACACGUGGUUAGACCACAAACACCAGCACCAGAGGGACGGUAUGGUUGUGUUCAAUAAGCGCCAGAAAUACGCCACUCAAGAGCUGAUCCCUGUGUCUGCCCAACGAUACACUCAAAUGUCUACCACUGGAUCCGAUGGAAGGCCUACUAAUGAACUAUCUUUAGCUAUUGAGUCAAUCAGUAGUGCCAGCGAUGGCACAGUUGUCUUGAAUGCAGUUCCCGUCCGAAGUACAGACCAAUCGAUGAUAGUAUACCCGGCCAUCACUGCCCCGGAAGUGGUGUAUCGCACGUAUGAACUCAAGAACUUUAAUCCAUUGAAAUGUAUGCACUGUUCGUAUGGCAUUAAAAAAGACAAUCAAAGCAAUGGUAUAAUGAGAGGCCAUAUGUCGGAACAGCACCCGAACCACAGCUCAGACUUUGACAAGUCUUUAGCGGCUAAAGAGGCGAACAAUUCGUAUGUCUUUGAGUGCAUUGACUGCAAACACAUAGUGGAGGACCAGGACGUACUGGAACUACACCACAGUUCCGUCCAUUGCGGACAGACGUACCGAUUGUGGUGUGAUUUGUGUUCGUAUAGCACCGGUUCCUACGAGGAGUUCACUCAACAUAACAAUAAACACAGAACUCGUGUCCACAAGAGUAUCAACACUACUCUCUCGACGGUUAUUGUUGACCAAAGUGUCAGAUCUGUUGACGAACCGGAGGAAGAGGUGAUGGACGAGGAGUCGUCGAGUCCAGUGGUGACCAAAACGGAGUCCAAGAAGUAUCUGUGCGCUCAGGAGGGCUGCCAUAAGGCAUUCAAACACGAGUUUUUGCUCAUAAAACACGUGCGAAAUUACCACAAACUCAUUGAAUGCGACAAAUGUCUGGAGAGGUUUAAGACGAUUCAGUUGCUGAACGCACACCUCCUGAAGGCGCACAAAGAGUAUCUCAUAAGAUGCCAGUCCUGUGACUACCAGACCUUUUGGCCGUCAUUUCACGAGCGACACGUGACUCGGCAUCACUUGACUCAGUGGUGGAACUGUUCGCAUAAGAACUGUACGGAACGGUUCCUGAAGGAGCAGUCGCUCGAGAAACACAUCAAUAAAGUGCAUAAACGCGGGUUCAAGCCCUACGAGUGCCCCGACUGUCAGCUCGAGUACUACACCAACGCCGACCUCAUCAGACACUUGGGUAGAACGCACCGGCAGUUGGUGUACGAGUGCCAGGAGUGCGAGUUCAAGUGCAGCGAUACCGGCGCUCUCACUCAGCACCGGAACGAUAAGCACGUGAAUCACGUCUACAAAUGCGAGGCCACGGACUGCGGCUUUGAGACCAGACACUCGUCGGUGUUUAGCAGCCAUUGGAACCGAGUCCACAGUCGCCGCUAUAGCUGUACGUAUGCGGGCUGUGGACGGGUGUUCCCCAGUGGGGCGCUGUUGGACAGGCACGCGGCCAAACAUCCCUUUCCCCACGUGUGUGAUGUGCAGAACUGCGGCCGCGAUUUCGUGUCGUUUAAGGCGCUGUCGUUGCAUAAGUGGUCGACCCAUAACGUGCCCAUUCGGGAGCGCAAACAGGUCUGCGCCGACUGUCACCGGGUGUUCACCACUCGCAAGGGAUUCACUCAUCACCGCAGGACUAAACACCAAAAGCAAACCCAUUAAGGGUUUGGU